CUGGCGCGAGGAGACUGAAAACGAGACACUCUUCAUUUACAAAUCUAUCCAAAUGUUGACUUCAUUGACGGAAAAAUUUCGUUCCUAUAUUUUUCCGUCUUCGAAGGAAGGUAAUUUCGAAACCCCAUCAAGGAAAAGAAAACGAACAGUUGAUGAAACGGAAUCUAGAACAGAAGAUCCUGACGUUGAAAUCGUGUCUGUAAAACGUCCAAGAAACGUAUUGGAUAUUGUGACCGCACCUAUAAAUACAAUGGCCAACUGGAUGAGACAAAAGACUUCUUUCUCCAGAGAUUAUUUCUUUAAACCAUUGGAAGACCAACCAACAUUGGGUGUACCUCCAGAUACUUCCUAUCACAGAUCUUAUCCUAAUCUUCCAAAUGCAAAUGGAAGAAACUGGAAUACAGAUCCUCAUGUAAGGCCAUUUACGGGCAUACAGAAAACAGUACCCAGUUCAAGACCAAGUACUUUUCCACCACAAAAGGCAAAACGAAGCUUCAGGGAUGUGGUAGCACCUCCCAUACAUUCAAAUGGACAUACAGAUGAAAAUGUCCAGGCGUCUAAAAAGCCAUCUAUUUCUAAAGACCAAUCAAUAUUUACUAAAGGUUUUAAUGGCAGCACUGUUAUGGGUAAUCAGUGUACAGCACAGUUGUGUGUAAGACUGGAUGAGAAAGAAAAGUAUCGUCAAUUGUUACAGCAAUUUACAACAGUUCCUCUUGAUUCAAGUCAACAACGAAAAAGAACUCCACCUAAACUUAGCCUCUUUAAAAAUGCAUCAACAAACAGAUCCCAAAACUCAAGUUUUUUCAACAAAUCUUCACGAGAAGAGCCUACGUUAAACAAUAGUUUUAAAAAACGACCAAAAUCUCAAAGGGUUAUAGCACAGGCUGUAGAUCCAUUAAAUGUAUCGUCAUCUUAUUUAACUAAACAUCACAAAGUAGCAGUUGAUUUAUUGUCGUCUGCACCAAGUUUACAUGUCAUCAAUAUCAGUAGACACAGAACUGUAGAAUCACCAUCAAAACAAGAAGAUACUACAUGUAGUAAUACAGAAAGAAUAUCGUCACCUGCAUUAAAGUCAGAAAAAAGUUUUACAAGUUUAUCAUCACCUACAUUUGAGAAGUUAGAAGAGUCUAUAUAUAUGAAAAAUGCUUGGUUUAAUGAUUUAAAAAGAAGCCAUGACUUAGAUAAACAAGAAAGAGAUAGAAAGAUAAAUGAAGCAGAACUAACACUCCAAACACUUACUGAGUUGAGAAGAAGAAGGUAUGAUGAGAUGGAGAAAAAUCUGCGAGAGCAGAUGCGGGCUCUGGAACCUUUUACACAAGAUAUAAGAGAAGGAAAAGAAGUUAGAAAAAUAGAAACAGAAAAAGAAACUAAACUAGUUGAGUUAACACCAGAGAUGAAUAAAGUAAUAGAUGAUGCAAUAGGUCCUGGUUCUCUAAGAACUGUAGUAUCUGAAGGGUUUAAAAUACAGAUUACAAAAGAAGAUAUUCAGACGUUAAAAGGUUUAAAUUGGUUAAAUGACGAGGUGAUCAACUUUUAUAUGAAUAUGUUAAUGGAAAGAGGUGAUGAAGACAAUAUGGCUAGAGUUCAUGCGUUUAAUACAUUCUUUUAUCCUAAAUUGGCUGGUUCUGGUCAUUCAGUAGUUAGACGUUGGACUAAAAGAGUAGAUGUAUUAAAUGUUGAUUAUAUAUUAGUACCUGUACAUUUAGGUGUACAUUGGUGUCUAGCAAUAAUAGAUUUUAUAAAAAAAUCUAUCAGAUAUUAUGAUUCUAUGGGUGGCAAUAACGAUACAUGUUUAAAUGCAUUAAAACAAUAUUUGAUAGAUGAGUGUUUAGAUAAGAAAAAACAAAAAUUUGAUUUAACGGGUUGGAGUACAGUAGCUGUCAAAGAUAUACCUCAACAAAUGAAUGGUAGUGAUUGUGGUAUGUUCUCCUGUGUAUUUGCUGAAUACGUAACUCGUGGUGCAAAAAUAACAUUUACUCAGGACGAUAUGCCUUAUUUUAGAAGAAAAAUGGUUUAUGAAAUUGUUACAAAGAAAUUAUUACAACGAUGAACAGUAACAUAGAAUUAAAAUAACCUACUCAUUAUUUAUUACAUCAUUAAUCAUCUCAUUAUCAUGUAUACAAAUCAAAACAUUCAUCUAUCCUCCAAUCCCAUUCAAAUAUGAAAAAAACAUUGUUUAAAAAAAAAAUUCAUUUAAUGAAAAAAGAUUUUAUUUUUGUAUGGAAGAAGAGACUGUGGUAUUUACUAGUAGUUAAAACUUGUACAAGUUAUCAAUAGAAAAUAAAUGAACUCCUAUAAAAGACAACUAAAUCUGUGAAUCAAUGAGGAAAUCAUACAAAUUCGAUGGUGUUGUGAGAAGUAUAAAUGAAUAUUCUUCCUGAACCAAUUUAAAGAUUCACAUUAUUGCUUGAACUAUUUUCUAGUGCUAUUAUUAUACAUCAAAUGACAUUGUAAAUCAAUAUUGUAAAUAAAUAUACCCGGUAUUCAUAA